UGGUUAGGUAUUUAUUUUCCAUUGGAAAAAAAGAGGAAGGGGACUUAAAGCAAAAAAUUGAGUCAUUUAGGGGGAGGAAGGUGAUUCCCAACUCCAUCUGAGCAACACAGCUGCACUUCUGUCUCCCAGUACUCUUUCCCUAAGCCAACAUUGCUCUGGACCUCAACUACCGAACUCUCCUGCAGCUGCUCCCAUCGUUGCAGACCACGUGGUGAUGGUCCAGCAUGGAAAGGCAAUAGGAGAUAUUCCACUGCCUCUUAAUAUGAGGUAUGUCCCCAGGGCAAAGCCUCCCAAGGACUGGCAGUGAGUGCCAGCAGGAGCCACAGGUUGGAUGCUUUUUCCUUGCCAGCUUGUGGAGGAGGCCGGUGCUGUGUCCAGAUCAGGCUCUGGAUGAAAUCCUAGUCUUUUUUUAGGUGUCAUGCAGCUGACAGGUCCACUCGCGGAGCUGAUGGUCACAACCAGAGCAGAAAUUCAUUAAGCAAAACAGAGUAAAAUAAUCAAGGUGUUUUGGAGCUGUUUGCAAGAUCUACUGAGUUGGUUGCUUAUCCUGUCAAAACAAGACACCAUUUGGGGCAACAGUGUGCUGCCAGUGGCUGCCAUGGCCAGCAAAAGAAAGUCGACAACUCCCUGUAUGGUGCGAACUUCUGAAGUCGUGGAGCAGGAAGGCGCCGAGGGUGUAGAAACUUCUAAAGAGAAGGGGACUGGCACACCACAGCAGGAUUCCAAAAAAACCUGGCCUUCAGAAAACUCAGUCAAAGACUGUGAAGUGGUUGAGGCAAAGCCCCCAGCUGAAAAUCAGUCUAAGAAACCCCAGGGUGGUUAUGAGUGUAAGUACUGCCCUUACUCAACACAAAACUUAAAUGAAUUUACAGAGCAUGUUGACACUCAGCAUCCAAAUGUCAUUCUCAACCCCUUGUAUGUCUGUGCUGAAUGCAACUUCACAACCAAAAAAUACGAUUCUUUAUCUGACCACAACACAAAAUACCACCCGGGAGAGACUAACUUUAAACUGAAAUUAAUUAAACGCAAUAAUCAGACUGUUUUAGAACAGUCCAUUGAGACCACCACUAAUGAUGUUGCUGUCACGGGUGGGGGGCUAGAAAAUGCAGAGUGUGAUGAUUCACUUCAUGGGGGAAUUAGCACAAAUAAAGUGCCAAUGAUGAAACUGGGAAAGCCUAAAGGGGAAACCAAGAAGGGAUCCAAAAAGCCAGAAGAGGGAGUUAUGGAAAACCACGUGGAUGGUGCUCUCCCCCGUAUCAUAACUGAAGCCACUGAAGCUAUUGCUUGUAUAAAUGGAGACCUUCUCCAAGAUGUGUUAGCCCACGUUAUGCCCUCUGUACAGCUACCACCAAAUAUCAACCUUGUCCCCAAGGUCCCAGUCCCUCUGAACAGUACCAAAUACAACUCUGCACUGGACACUAAUGCAACCAUGAUCAACUCCUUUAAUAAGUUUCCGUACCCAACACAAGCAGAGUUGUCAUGGUUGACAGCAGCAUCGAAACAUCCGGAAGAACAAAUCCGAAUCUGGUUUGCUACGCAACGUUUGAAGCAUGGUAUAAGUUGGUCUCCUGAAGAAGUGGAGGAAGCAAGAAAGAAAAUGUUCAAUGGUACUAUCCAGGCAGUUCCCCAAACCAUCACUGUCCUACCAGCUCCUUUGGCAACUGCAAAAAUGCCGCAGCCCAUCAUCCAGACAGCUUUGCCUUGUCAGAUACUGGGCCAGACUGGUCUGGUUUUGACUCCUGUGUCAAAUGGUUCAACUGUUUCCUGUUCACCAAUUACACUCGCUGUUGCCCCAAACCAGGGGCAAAAGAGGACAAUACAGACCUUAUCAAGUGCCCCAGAGGCCAAGCGUCCUCAUGUAGUUCAGGUGCCUGAGAUUCCUGCCAAGCUGACAGCUGUGCCGCUGACACCAGCCAGUGAACGGAAGAAGACGAAGGAGCAGAUAGCAGAGCUAAAGGCCAGUUUCAUGGCAAGCCAGUUUCCUGACGAUGCAGAAGUCUACCGGCUUAUAGAGGCAACAGGUCUUUCCAGGAGUGAGAUCAAGAAGUGGUUCAGUGACCACAGGUACAGAAGUCAGAGGGGCAUUGUGCAAAUUCCUGGCGAUGCUUUAGGGAAAGAUCAAAUAGCACCUUCAGCUGGUCGACGUGGCUGGUCAUUUCACCCAUACACAGAUUUCACUCCCCAGAGAUUCAAAGAGAUAACCCAAGAGCAGCGUAGGGCCCUUGAGGAGAGUUUCCUAAGAUGCUCUUUUCCUACCCAAGGAGAAUUGGACAGGCUUCGAGUGGAGACUCAGCUGAGUAGGAGGGAGAUAGAUUCGUGGUUCUCUGAGCGGAGAAAGAUAAGGGACAGCAUGGAGCAAGCUGUCUUGGACUCAAUGGGAUCAUACAGAAAAAUUAAAGCAAAAGGAACUCCCAAUGGUGCAAUAAGCCAGGCAGAACUUCUGAGUGGCUCUCAGCUUCCUGGUGCGUUAUCUGGGUCCUCAACCACAUUUAAGAAAACACAAGAGCAGAUUCAUCUGCUGAAAAGCACAUUUGCAAGGACCCAGUGGCCAUCGCCCCAGGAGUAUGACCAGUUAGCAUCUCAGACUGGGCUCACAAGAACUGAAAUAGUCCGCUGGUUCAAGGAAAACCGGUCUUCACUAAGAACAGGGUCACUUAAAUGGAUUGACCAGUACCAGCAGCAGUAUGCUGUUGAUGGUCAUAACAAACAAAGCCAGAAAAAGGGCUCCAAACAUGCUGAGAGUCCAAAGAACGGUAACGAGGUGUCUCGUCAGCAUUACCAGGAUCAUAAAAAACUGAAUGAAGAGAAUGGAGGUAAACCAGUGGUGAGAGCAAAAAGAGACUGUGAACCACUGAAAGACUCUUUGUUGGGGAAUCAAGGAGAGGGUAUGGACAGGGUGGAUUGCAACAGCCACGACGGCCACGGCAGCGAGGAGAACGAGGAGCCGGCGGAGGUGAACUGGGUGGAGGUGACAGUGGGUGAGGACGACGCUGCGUCGGACUGUACAGACAGCUGGAGCCAAACGGCACCCGAAGGCCAGACAGAGCUGGCAGACUAUGACUCUGAAAGUAUAUCUGGAGACAAUUCCCACAUAUAGACAGGGGUACUCCUCAGCUGCACUGUCCUGACAUUGGAGGGGAAAUGCUGUCUGAAAAUAGAAGACGACUCUAUUUUCCUCCCUGGGGUGAGAUAGUGUGUUGCGACUCCAAGUCUCAAGCGCCACUUGUGGAGGCACAGCGAGAAAUACUCUUGUGGAGUGUCAUCAUGGAAUCGUUGAUAGUGCCAAAGUCCUACUACUGCAUUUCAAAAGAAAAGAAAGAUAAAAGGGUCCUUGUACAUAGAUUUCUCUUCAGUUUCUCCCCCACCCACUUUCCUGCCCGGCCUCUUCCUCUACUGGAACAGAUUUGUACAACAUGAAAAUUUUGUUAAUUUUUUUAAUAGAUGCAAGUUAUUCUUGCAUAUAAUGCAGAAUUUUGGGGUUCGUUUGGGGGAGGGAAGUGUCUUUUGUGGGGGAGGGAGAGGAGAAUUUUUUUUCUGAAGUGUUUUAAGACAGAGUUGCAAUCUUUUGGCGUCGUCUUGGUGCAGAUCAGCAUCUGAGCCCAGAUCCCCACCCCAGUUUACAUUUCAGCCCAGUUAAACAUGUUCUGGAGUGGUGGGUUUUGAUUUUUUUCCCCUUGUUGUUUUGAAUUUUUUAUUUUGUUUUAUGGCCACCUGCUACUGGUCGAAGUAUUUAAAUCUCUGCUUUUAUAUGUGCUCCUACAAGGCAAGUCUUCUCCAGCUCCUGUACUUUACUUUUUACCAGCCAGCCCCAGCUGUGGGUCUCUAAAGAUUUGGCUAGAAUGCCUUUUUUUGUUUUGAUUUGCUGGGGUUUUUUAGCACUUUUUGUUUAAACUUGCAGUACAACCCCCAGAGGGGUUGGAGUGAGGAAAUUAAGAUGCUUCAUAACUCAAACUUGUGUUUCUUUGGCUGGUACAGUGAUGGACACCAUAACCGGCAGUCUGCCCUCCAGCUUUAGAUGUUGUAGCGCACAACAGAAAUUUCUUAUUAACCCUUACCACUAAAUUUUUAGGUCGAUCCUACGUUCCUGAUUGCACUUUUUUCUUUUUUUUUUUUUUCAAAUACUGCUAAUAUGGAUUUGUGUGAGAGUGUCUGUCCGUGCACGUGAGGAGGAAAUGGAGAGAGAGCAGGAGCCUGGGUGCAGGAGCCGUCCGGUGCAUUCCUCUGAUGAGCUGGGUUUGGAAAACUUGCCCACCUUUCAGUACGCUGCACAAAUAGGUUGCUAGGGAGUUUGAAUAAAUCUGACUUUUCUAACUUGUUGCUCAGUUGUUGUAACUCAAUAAAGCAAAGGCUAAACAUUUUGGUAA